GAGCGCGCGGCGAGCGAGGAGGGCGGGCGGGAGGCGGAUCCUCCUACCUGGGGCGCGCUCGCUCGCUCGCGGCUCGCUUGCCGGGGCCGCGAGUCACCUGGGGAGGCCGACAAGUGCGGACACAUUGGCCGCCGCGGCGCUCGGCGAGGCGCUCACGGCCUCAGGCGGCUGCGCCUAGUGCAGGCUGCACCCGCCCGCCAGCCGCGCCCGGGCCCCCGGCCCGCGCUUGCAGGGGUCCACGGUCGCUCAACCGGGCUUCGAGGUCGCGGUCCCCAGCCUGGGUCAAUUCCCCGGGCUCACCAUGGUGGCAGCGCGCGCCGAGUGCCCGCGCGUCGCCGGCCGCCCGAGCCGCAGUGCCGGCUGAGCGCAGUCUGCCCGCAGCCCCCUGGCCCCUGCCCGGCCCGCGCGUCCCCUCCGGCCGCCGCUGUCUAUGGCGCAGCCCCCCUCCCUGGAUCAUGCACAGAAACUUUCGCAAGUGGAUUUUCUACGUGUUUCUCUGCUUUGGCGUCCUGUACGUGAAGCUCGGAGCACUGUCAUCCGUGGUGGCCCUGGGAGCCAACAUCAUCUGCAACAAGAUUCCUGGCCUAGCCCCACGGCAGCGUGCCAUCUGCCAGAGCCGGCCCGAUGCCAUCAUUGUGAUUGGGGAGGGGGCGCAGAUGGGCAUCAACGAGUGCCAGUACCAGUUCCGCUUCGGACGCUGGAACUGCUCUGCCCUCGGCGAGAAGACCGUCUUCGGGCAAGAGCUCCGAGUAGGGAGCCGUGAGGCUGCCUUCACGUACGCCAUCACCGCGGCUGGCGUAGCGCACGCCGUCACCGCUGCCUGCAGCCAAGGCAACCUGAGCAACUGCGGCUGCGACCGCGAGAAGCAGGGCUACUACAACCAAGCCGAGGGCUGGAAGUGGGGCGGCUGCUCCGCCGACGUGCGUUACGGCAUCGACUUCUCCCGGCGCUUCGUGGACGCUCGGGAGAUCAAGAAGAACGCGCGGCGCCUCAUGAACCUGCAUAACAAUGAGGCCGGCAGGAAGGUUCUAGAGGACCGGAUGCAGCUGGAGUGCAAGUGCCACGGCGUGUCUGGCUCCUGCACCACCAAAACCUGCUGGACCACGCUGCCCAAGUUCCGAGAGGUGGGCCACCUGCUGAAGGAGAAGUACAACGCGGCCGUGCAGGUGGAGGUGGUGCGGGCCAGCCGUCUGCGGCAGCCCACCUUCCUGCGCAUCAAACAGCUGCGCAGCUAUCAGAAGCCCAUGGAGACAGACCUGGUGUACAUUGAGAAGUCGCCCAACUACUGCGAGGAGGACGCGGCCACGGGCAGCGUGGGCACGCAGGGCCGUCUCUGCAACCGCACGUCGCCCGGCGCGGACGGCUGUGACACCAUGUGCUGCGGCCGAGGCUACAACACCCACCAGUACACCAAGGUGUGGCAGUGCAACUGCAAAUUCCACUGGUGCUGCUUCGUCAAGUGCAACACCUGCAGCGAGCGCACCGAGGUCUUCACCUGCAAGUGAGGCCAGGCCCGGAGGCGGCCGCGGGCACCCUGGAACCCGGCGGCAUUUUGCACAUCCACUCCUCACCUUCCCUGCCUUGGUGCUGCCAGCAGCAGACAUAGACGGGUGCAGAAGCGGGGAGCUCCAGGUGCAGGAGGGCACCGGCCGGGGCCCACGCCCUCUGCCCGCCUCCCUGGGGCUCCUUCCUGCCACCUCCUCCCAUCACCUCCUGCGGCAGAACAGCGCCCGUGACCCACCCAGAGAGCAAGGCCAGGGGCCUUGGUGCUCCCCAACGGGGCCCGGCAAGUUCCCUUUCUUCUCUCUGGGAAAAUGAACCUCCAGGACACACCUGUAUCCCAGAGAGCAAAGUGAUGAGGAGACUGAGCAUCCCCAGCCCCACCCGGCGGCAUGGACACAGAAAAGCUACGCCGGCUGGCCUCUCCAGACCAGUUCCCAGGCUGGGUCUGCCGCCGGGCCCUGGGGCGGUGGGGACAGAUGUUGACACAAAUUAUUUAUGUUUUCUUAGUAUCAGAAGAGGAUUCUCGGCACUAACGCAUAGCCAGUCCUAACUCCGUACUCUGUGUCAGCCCAUCCCCUCGACACCCUCUGUUUCCUUUCCCGGCCCCACCUGGCCGGCCCUCUGCCCCUGCAGAGCCGAGGCAGCCUGGGGUUGAUGGGGACCACGCGGUGCCCGCAGGUCCUAGAAGUGAGCUGGGCAGGGGCUCUUCGGACCACACAGCCCUGACCGGGCCUUGGAGGAGAGCCAUGGACAGGCUCCUCCAUGCCAUCUUUCCUUCUUUUGAAAAUCCUAUCAAUGGCCGGGCGCGGUGGCUCAUGCCUGUAAUCCCAGCACUUUGGGAGACCGAGGCAGGUGGAUCACCUGAGGUCAGGAGUUCGAGACCAGCCUGGCCAACGUGGUGAAACCCUGUCUCUACUAAAAAUACAAAAAUUAGCUGAGCGUAGUGGCGUGCACCUGUAAUCCCAGCUACUCGGGAGACUGAGACAGGACACUUGCUUGAACCCGGGAGGUGGAGGUUGCAAUGAGCCAAGAUUGUGCCACUGUAUUCCAGCCUGGGUGACAGAGCACGACUCUGUCUCAAAAAACAAAAAAAAAAAGAAAAGAAAAUAA